UUUACGUCAAGGACAAAUUCCCGGUUCGCUUUAUGACACGCUACUCGACAACAUUGCCACAAUAAGAUGAAUUUCUAACCAAUUUACACGAACUAUUCAGAAACACAGCUAUUGCUAGAUGUUUACAUCGAAAUUCGCGUGCAUAAGACUGUGAUUUUGCUCAUUGUUGUUGAGGCCGAUUGUCAGCAUCCAAUCCGAACCCCAAUGGCGCCAGCAGGUGCCCGUCCGCCGUCCAAGCCAAUAAACACAGCAAAGACGACAAGCGCCGAUCCCAAAAAUGGCCCUGACCCGCCCCCUGACGACGGCAUCGUUAAAAUCGCCUCCAAAGGGGACGUUGUUCUACGGGUCACUUUCCUAACGUCGAAGGAGGCAAUCAGAGCAGCCAAAAGAUCCCUUCAACCCAGGCCCGGCCAGCGACCGCCAGCCUCGGCGACACAGCAGCAGCAGCAGCCCGUGCCGCUUCAAAGUCCCAAGGUCACAUACUCUUAUCGAGCGGACCUGGGCGUGCUCAAGAAACACUCUGAGUAUUUCCGCGCCCUCUUAGACGAGGCCGGCCCGUUCACCGAGGCACGCCAGGUCGCGCAUGCCCUGGAGGCCUUGACGCUGCGGGGGGUCAAGCCGGCCGACGUGGACGACGUCGAGGAGCUGCCGACCGUCGAGAUCACCGACGAUGAUGACGCCACCCGGUCCGCCCAUCGCCACAGCGUGUUUGCGGAUCUGCUGCGGAUCCUGCACGGGGCGCAGGCGACGACCAAGCCGCCGACCAUGCUGUACGUCGUGACGCUGGCCGUCCUGGCCGACCGUUUCGAUUGCGUCACCCCGGUGUCGCGCUACCUGUCUUCCGAGCUCAAGUUCAAGUGGCCGGCUUCCAAGAUAAAAGCCGGAGGUCGCGAUGACGAAAACGGGAUUGGAGGCCCGCGGCUGGAGAACGAGGAGGUUCUCCGGCAGCGCAUCCUCGCCGCUUGGCUGUUGGACCAGCCUCUAAAGCUGCAUGCUGCUACGCGCGAGCUGAUUAUGUACGGGUCAAAACGCUGGAUACAGGCCAGUGCGGACCAAGAUGACGAUGGCUACGAAGAAACCUUGCCUUCCUGGUGGGAUUUACCAGAUGAUCUUGAACAUGAACUUCAACUGCGCAGGGAAUGCAUCCUUGAUACUCUGGCCUCGGUCCAAAGACACUUUCUCUCACUCUACUCGUCCCGCACACAGGUUUGCAGACUCGGAUACGACUCCAGCCCGGCAUGCGAUUCGUUUCAGCUCGGGCAGAUGGUGAAGUUUCUGGCGCACAAGAAACUGCUGUUCUUUGUCGACUUUUCCUCUGCAUCCCUGGGAACUAUUGAGGAUUCUGCCACCACCGAUAUAGGACACAUCAUAUCGCUCCUUUCUCAAGUUACGAGCUAUCAAAUCGACCGAAAUCAUACAAACUGCGGCCUGCGGAUCAAGAUACUUCCCAUCGUGGAAUACAUAAAGUCAAUGCUGUCUUCAAAUGUUAUAUCGAUACCCAGGAGUGCGUGGAAAAAGAACCGGGCCGCAACCUCGUGGAUGCCUUCUGCCGAGGAUGCAGAGAGCAAAGAGGAUGGAAAUGUGUUUCGGUACACCAGGUCCGUGGCCGGUGACCAGCGUUUACGCUUCGAAGGCGCAAUGGCAAGUGAUCGGAUGGCCAGGGAGCUCUUUACGGCGAAAAGCUGGGAUUGGACGCCAGAGGGUUGAGAGAGAGAAAAAAAUCUUUUGCCCUACUUACGUAUGCUACCUCUUUACUUGCCCAAUGGAAGUUAGUGACAAAGACAAACAAAACCUUUUUUGACAAAAAGCGCCCCCCCCCCCCCCAAAAAAAAAAAAAGCAAGAGUCACAUUUUUGAGACGAAAUUCGAUGACUGACUUGAGUCUUCUCCUGAUUCCUAAACUGACAAGUAAACGGGCAA